UCUCUCCCCGUCAAAAACAUCCCCCACUCACCCCAACAAGGAAACCCCGACAAUCUAGCAGCUCUCUUGCGUUUUGUGAAUUCCAACCGGCAACGGGCGACGACUUACAGUGACUGCGUGGGCGACUCUCACUGGGCUUGCAAAUUGCAAGAUAAAAUCUAGCUACGUCCAACUUCCGAGGUCAUAUUUUCUCCAAUUGAAUAUUUUUCGGAAAAAACAUUUUUUAAUUAAACCAAACAAAUAUGAAGGGUUUGGCUGUGAAACAAAAAUGUGCUAACUCCAGGAAUAACGGAUACCUUGAAAGACCUUGGCUGAACUUCAUACGUGCAAACAGGGACGGCAGAAGAAAGAAGGAAUCAGCAAGCAAUGGCAGAUUUCACGACAUCGACUCACAGAGCCAAGUGGAUUUUCACUCCCCAAGAGCUUAGGGACAAGUACAAGGCUGCUAAUCAAAGAGCCAAACAAGCUCUAGAGAAGUACGGAGCAACCAGAAUGGAAGUUGACAUCGAUGGGUCUUUCUCGUAUGCUGAACCUCAAAGUGAUGCAAAAGAUAGUGGUAAUCACCAUUCUUUUCACUGCCUGUUGGCAUGUUAGCUGAAAAGCGUCCCAAACCUCUCAAGGUCGAAGAAGAGCAGCUGUUAAGGGCUUUUUAUGAGUUCAAAAUUCAAGAUGUCUGUGAUGCUUUUAAGUUCCCACGCAAGAUUCAGGCAACAGCUCUCAUUUAUUUUAAAAGGUUUUAUCUGCAAUGGUCGGUGAUGGAACAUCAUCCCAAAAACAUCAUGUUAACUUGCAUAUAUGCAGCUUGCAAGGCCGAGGAAAAUCACGUAUCAGCUGAGGAGCUUGGUAAGGGGAUAGAACAAGAUCAUCAUGUUAUCCUCAAUAAUGAGAUGCUGGUUCUUCAGAGUCUAGGUUUCGAUCUUAUUGUUUAUGCUCCAUAUCGUGCACUCGAAGGUUUUGUCAGUGAUAUGGAGGAGUUUCGUGGUGCUAAUGAUGAUGACCAACAUGAGACGCUAAAGAGAAUGCUUGAAGCCGCUAGGAUGGAAGCAGAUAAGAUUAUGCGUACAGAGGCACCACUUUUAUUCCCACCUGGGCAGUUGGCGUUGGCAGCUUUGCGUCGAGCUAAUGUGGUGCAUGACAUUCUUGAUUUUGAGAGGUAUCUGAGAAGCAUCCUAUCACGUCAACAGUCAACUCAAGCAAUUUCUGAACUUUCAGUUUCUUUAAAUACCAUUGAUUCUUUGAUUUGUAAACUUGAGGCUCCUCCAACUUCCAAAGAUGUGAAGCACAUUGACAGGAAACUCAAAUCAUGUCUUGAUCCUGGUUCACACGACAAGAGUAAGAAAAGGAAGCACAGAUCCAAGGAAAGCUCAACUGAAGUGCAAGACCUCUCUUGAACCUCUUUUAACUCAGUUUUAUGCCCCAAGAAUAUGUUGGUAUUCAGUGGGUGGAACUAUCACUUGUUGGUACUCAUUUAAUUCCUAAUAUAAAGCAGAAAAACAAGUUGCACUGAGAGGUGGUCAAUUUCUACUGCACACGUCAUUCUCAGAGGGCCUUGCAGCUGAAAUUGAACUGCAAUAUCCGAAGUUGCUCAAACUGCAGCAGAUAUAGUAUACAUGAUGGUUGAUGGCAGUUGGUCAUGUGUUAUAUUGAACAGUCAAUUUUAUUAAUGAUCGUAACAUAUGCAUCUAUGAACUGGAAGCAGGUGAACAAUCGGUUGUCAACCUCAUCUGAAAUGGAGCCCACCGAGGCUUAGGAAGUUUAUUUUUGCGAUAGUUGUGUCCAAAAUUUAUUCAGACUAGUCUGCUGAAAAUGUAUUAACUUGUGGACUAACUCGAAAGUGAAUCUUAUUGUUUCUGUUUACUGGAUUGAAUACUUUGAA